AGAUUAUUUAUCGAAAUGCUUCUAAAACUCCAAAUCAAAAAGAUGUCUUUUAAGCUGAAGAUUUGCGGAUUCUUCUUGGUGUUCUUCAUUCUUAAAGUGACAGUCAGUUUUGCAGAGGAGAAUGAGCACGAUUUAAAAUUGAAAGUUGGACAACUAGCGGCAGCUAAUAAUCAUUUAGCACUCAAACUUUACAAACAGUUAGCGAACGGAUAUACUAAAAACAUCUUCUUUUCACCACUGAGCUUGUCUAUGGCUUUUGGAAUGCUUUUCCAUGGUGCUAGAGAUAAUACAAUCGAAGUCCUUAGGCAUGCAUUGGGCUACGAAGCGGCAGGCUUAAAUUCUGAGGAAGUUUCAAAUUUGUUUUAUCAUCUUUUAGAAGAAGAACUCCCUCCUCCUAAUACUAACAAUUCCGCAUACAUACUGGAAAUUGCCAAUCAAAUAUUGAUCCAAGAUGGAUUACAUUUGAAGAAGGCGUUCAAGGAAGAAGUGGAAAGUCUUUUCCACGCACCUAUAGAAGAAGUUGACUUCGUGGAGGAUGAUUCCAAAAUAGUAAUAGAAAAGGUCAAUCACUGGGUCGAGGAAAGGACUCACGGAAAAAUAAAGAAACUGCUUGAGCAACUUGAUCCAAACGCUACUAUGCUUCUUCUGAAUGCUGUUUAUUUCAAAGGAACAUGGCAAACUCAAUUCAAGACCUCAGCUACCAAUGAACAAGAUUUUUACAAUAAUGGUGUGCUGGCAAAUGCACAGCAAGUUCAUUUCAUGCAUUUAACAGAUAAAUUUAAUUAUGCCUCAACUGAUGACGCACAAGUGAUAGAGCUACCAUACAAGGGCAACAACAUAAGUAUGGUGAUUUUACUACCCAAUGAGCUUGAUGGACUAUCAGCUGUGGAAGAGAAUUUAACGAAUGAGAAAAUAGCCUCCGUACGGAAGCAACUUAAUAAGCGAAAAGUAAUUCUUUCGCUUCCAAAAUUCGAAGUUGAAUAUUCACGAGACAUGGCAGAUGAUUUUAAGGCUCUGGGAGCAGCUGAUAUUUUUGAUGAUUUGAAAGCCAAUUUCACAGGUAUUGCUGACGCCGAUCUAUAUGUCAGCCAGGUUAUACAUAAAGCAGCUAUUGAAGUAAAUGAAGAAGGAAGUGAAGCAGCUGCUGCAACAGCAAUUGUUAUGAGAAUACCGGUGAGACCCACGCGUCUAAUUCCUCCCGUGGUGUUCAAUGCAAACCACCCUUUCAUAUUUGCAAUUAUGGAUAACAGAAAUGAAAUGAUAAUGUUUGCAGGUCGGGUCAAUGAACUAUUACUUGGUUUGCAUACUGUUUCUCUGCUAGUAGGCUGUCUGUGGAAAGACUAUAGAAAGCAAAUCGAAAAGAUGUCCUUUAAGCUAAAGAUUUGCGGAUUCUUCUUGGUGUUCUUCGCUCUUAAAGUGACAGUCAGUUUUUCAGAGGAGAAUGAGCAAGAUAUAAAAGUAAAAGUUGGGCAACUAGCGGCAGCUAAUAAUCAUUUAGCACUCAAACUUUACAAACAGUUAGCAAAUGGAUAUACUAAAAACAUCUUCUUUUCACCGCUGAGCUUGUCUAUGGCUUUUGGAAUGCUUUUCCAUGGCGCUAGAGAUAAUACAAUCAAAAUCCUAAGGCAUGCAUUAGGUUACGAAGAGGCAGGCUUAAACUCUGAGGAAGUUUCAAAUUUGUUUUAUCAUCUUUUAGAAGAAGAACUCCCUCCUCCUAAUACUAACAAUUCUGCAUACAUACUGGAAAUUGCCAAUCAAAUAUUGGUCCAAGAUGGGCUGCAUUUGAAGCCGGCUUUCAAAGAAGAAGUGGAAAGUCUUUUCCACGCGCCUAUAGAAGAAGUUAACUUCGGGGAGGAUGGUUCCAAAGUAAUAGAAAAGGUCAAUCACUGGGUCGAGGAAAAGACUCACGGCAAAAUAAAGAAACUGCUCGAGCAACUUGAUCCAAGCGCAGCUCUUCUUCUUCUAAAUGCGGUUUAUUUCAAAGGAACAUGGCAAACUCAAUUUAAGACCUCAGCUACCAAUGAACAAGAUUUUUACAAUGAUGGUGUACUGGCAAAUGCACAGCAAGUUCAUUUCAUGCAUUUAACAGAUAAAUUUAAUUAUGCCACAACUAAUGAUGCACAAGUGAUAGAGCUACCAUACAAGGGCAAUAACAUAAGUAUGAUGAUUUUACUACCCAAUGAGCUUGAUGGACUAUCAGCUGUGGAAGAGAAUUUAACGAUUGAAACAAUAGCCUCCGUACGGAAGCAACUUAAUGAGCAAAAAGUAAUUCUUUCGCUUCCAAAAUUCGAGGUUGAAUAUUCACGAGACAUGACUGGUGAUUUCAAGGCUGUGGGUGCCGCUGAUGUUUUUGAUGGUUCGAAGGCCAACUUCACAGGUAUUGCUGAUGCCGGUCUAUAUGUCAGCCAGGUUAUGCAUAAAGCAGCCAUUGAAGUAAAUGAAGAAGGAAGUGAAGCAGCUGCUGCAACAGCAAUUGUUAUGCCAAUAAUGGCGCCCAUGCCUCUAAUUCCUCCCGUGGUGUUCAAUGCAAACCACCCUUUCAUAUUUGCAAUUAUGGACAACAGGAAUGAAAUGAUAAUGUUUGCAGGUCGCGUCAAUGUGCUAUAAAGUAUGCAUUGCACUGAUCGCUGAAUUCAUUGGUUAAAAAAAUGUAAUUAUCCAAUGUGACAGAAUAAAAUAAAAAAUAUUUAUUUUUC